AUGGAACCUCAGUAUUCUGGAGGCAUGGUUUUGAAUCCAGAACUGGAAAAUGGACUCAAGGGCUGGACACCCUUUGGAGAUGUAAAAUUAGAACAGAAAGAAUCUGAGGAUGGAAACAAAUACAUUGUUGCUUCAGACAGAAGUGGACACCAGGACAGUUUUUCACAAAAGUUUCACUUAGAAGAGGAAAAACUUUAUGUUUUAUCUGCUUGGUUACAGGUAAGCCAUGGACAGGCUCACAUUGCUGCAAUAUUCAAGACAAGAACUGGGGACCGGCCUUCUGGAUGGGUUAUGGCUCGACAGGGCUGCUGGUCGAUGCUCAAGGGUGGCAUCGUUGUCGAUGCUUCCAGUCCGGUUGAACUCUUUUUCCAGGCCAAUGAUACUACAGCCGAGAUAUGGGCCGAUAGUAUUUCGUUGCAACCAUUUACUCAAGAGGAAUGGGAUUCCCAUCAAGAUCAAAGCAUUGAGAAGAUCAGAAAGAGUCAAGUGAAUUUCAAAGUUGUUGAUUCUCAAGGCCGACCAUUAGAAAAUGCAAAAAUCUCUGUGAAACAGAUACAACAGACAUUUCCAUUUGGCAAUGCAAUUAGUAAGUUCAUUUUGGAGAACAAGGCCUAUCAAGAAUGGUUUCUGUCAAGGUUCAAGUACACAGUAUUUGAGAAUGAAAUGAAGUGGUACUCGACUGAGAGAGGUCCGGGGAAAGUAAACUAUUCCCAGUCUGAUACAAUGCUAAAAUUUGCCAAGAAGAAGAACAUCUUAGUACGAGGUCACAACGUAUUAUGGGAUGAUCCUAGGUAUCAACCUUCAUGGGUAAAAAGGCUUCCAAGAAAAGAUCUACCAUUGGCCACUGAAAAAAGAAUGAAUUCUAUAAUGAAACACUACUCAGGCCAAGUUAUUCAUUGGGACGUUAUCAAUGAAAAUCUCCAUUUUUCGUACUACGAAGAGAGAAUGGGGAGAAAUGCAUCAACUAUUUUCCUGAAAAGGGCUUAUCAAAUUGAUCAGCAAGCAAUUCCUUUUCUGAACGACUACAACACACUUGAACGUCCUUCAGAUACAGAUGCGACUCCGGCUAAGUAUUUAGAGAAAAUCAAAUUGAUUAGAGAACAAGGUUAUCACGGGCCUCUUGGAAUUGGGCUCGAAUCACAUUUUGACACACCAAAUCUACCUUAUGUUCGGGCUUCACUGGAUAUUCUUGCUUCUACAAAACUACCAAUCUGGAUUACAGAACUCGAUGUUUCCCAUAGACCUAAACAGGCAAUGUACCUAACUCAACUCAUAAAGGAGUUUCAUGCUCAUCCAGCAAUUCAAGGCAUAAUAAUGUGGGGAUCAAUGAGUACCAAAGGAUGCUGGAAAAUGUGCUUCACAGAUAAAAAUUUUAGUAACUUGCCAACUGGGAAUGCGGUCGACAAUAUAAUGAAGGUAUGGAGGCACGAAGGUUUGCUAGGCACCACCGAUGCUUAUGGUUACUUCAACACUUCACUCUUUCACGGAGAUUAUGAGGUGAAAAUCCGCCACACUGCCGCGAAUUCUUCCAAGAUCAGGCAAUUCGGAAUGGACCCGUCUGAUAAAAUUCAAGAAGCACAUUUCGAACUUCAUGUAUGA